AUGCUCUUCCCACGAGCCCUCCGGCGCGCCGGAACACGCACUAUCCAACAAUCCCGCAGCGCAUCCGGACCCCGCCCAUCCCCCCGACGCACCCUCAUGCCAGCCCCAGGGCCCAACACAGGACCCAUCAUGGAACGUCGCGCAGACCGCGAACUGCCCUCCCUAAACAAAAGCCGCGGCUGGCUGUACUCUCUACCGAUUUUCAUCGUCGCUACCGGCGCGGGUAUUCUGGGUAUAUUCAAUUACCAGAAGAGCUCGAGCAGUAUCGUGAACAGUACGCUGUAUGCGCUGCGGACGUCGACGCAGGCGCGCGACAUCCUGGGUGAUGAGAUCUAUUUUGCGCAGCAGAUUCCUUGGAUUUCGGGAGAGAUGAAUCAGUUGCAUGGGCGAAUUGAUAUUUCUUUUUGGGUUAAGGGGACCAAGACGCAGGGGAAGAUGAGGUUUCGGAGUAUUAGGCCUGAUCGGAUGAGUUUUUUCCGGACAGAGGUUUGGAGCUUGGAGACCGAGGAUGGAACGGUUGUGCAGCUGCUAGAUGGCACCGAUCCUUUCCGACAGGAUUAG